AUGGUCCUAGUUGGCGAUGGCGAUCAGUACCAGAGGAAGAUCAAACAAGGUGCCGAAAGACCCCAGACCGCAGGGAAUACAAAGCCACAGCAAGGCGACAAUUUCCAGAGCCAGGCGCCGAGAAAGCUCAGGAUGACAGAAGGUCUGAUGCAAUAUUUUAUGGAGAACUUUGAGAUUGAUACUACAAGGGAAAACCUCAAGGCGUUGGGGAAUGGAGGGACAAUGGUGGCUGAGCUUUGA